AGCCAGUCAGCUAUGGCCAACCAACCUUCCAACAUCCCACCACCUCGGGCUUCUAAUCUCACUCGUCAGCUCCUCAUGGCCAACUCGAAUCGUUCCUCGAACGCGCCCACGCCGUCUGAGGGAACCUCUCCCGCAGGACUGACGAUCCCCGGGGAAGAAUCGGCUGGGCAGAGGAGGGCGAGCUACUCAACCGCCUCUCCCCCUGUCCCUAACAUCCCCAAUCCACACUACGGUUCACCGGCUGUGCUCUCUCAGUCAUACGGAGCCAGGUCACUCGCAGAAAGGAGGGCAUCGAGGGGUGCUGCGAGUGGACAGGAUACUCCGCGGAACGAAGAGGACGAGGAGCGAGUGAGGGUAGCGGUCGAGGACAUGCCAAAGGAGAAGAAAGCUGAGAUAGUUCGCCGGCAUCUGGUCUCACGAGAGGAACGCGAGGGCUCGUCUACCCCUUCUCGCCGGCCGAGUGCAGCAGCGUACGGUGCUAUCGGGCAAACCGAGCGAGAUCAGUUCCUCGAUGAUGUUCCUACCCCUGUGGACGAAUUCGAGCCUUUCCCCAUCCAGUUCGAUAACGAGGGCAGCGACAUCACCCAUGGGAUCUACCGCUGGCAGAGCGAGGCGCGUAACGCGCUCAAGAGGCCGCGAUCGGCGAGCUUCUCCCAUGUUAGGCGGAAGAGUCUGGCCGAUCCGGCGUUGGAGCAUAUACACCAGCCGAAUGGGAUGCGCAGGGCGUAUCUAGCCGCUAAAGCCAACGCUAGAGGCGAGGACCAGCCGAUGAUGGUCAAUAACUUCAUUGAUUUCUUGCUCCUCUUUGGACAUUUCGCUGGUGAAGACCUCGACGACAUUUCGGAGGAGGAUGAAGAGGUCGAGACACUCGGUGCCUCGGCAGAGGACUCGGUACGGGAGUCCCUCCUGCGCGGCGGGAAUGUGGAGGACGGACUCGCCUACGCUGCUGACGGUACGAUACCCCCGAGCAAGGCGACGGAGCGGUCGAGGCUGCUCAGAGCGCAUAGCUUGACCAGGGGUGGGAGGGGGAGAUCGCAAAGUGUCGUCAGAGCCGGGGAUGCGACGGUCACUCAGGCCGUUCUUAUGCUACUCAAAUCUUUCGUUGGUACCGGUAUCCUCUUUCUCGGCAAAGCCUUCUUCAACGGUGGCAUCCUCUUUUCUUCCUUUGUACUGUGUUUCAUCGCCCUCAUCUCGCUCUACUCCUUCCUCCUCCUAGUCAAAGUCCGAUUCGUCAUCCCCGGUGGGUUCGGCGAGAUGGGUGGCAUACUGUACGGCCCCUGGAUGCGCAACCUCAUUCUGAGCAGUAUCGUCCUCUCCCAGCUGGGUUUCGUCUCCGCAUACCUCAUCUUCGUCGCCGAGAACCUUAAAGCCUUCGUCCUCGCCGUAACCAACUGCAGGACGGACGUGCCUAUCCAGUACCUCAUCUUCUCUGAGAUGCUCCUGUUCGUCCCACUCGCGCUCAUUCGCAACCUCGCAAAGCUGUCCACUACUGCGCUCGUAGCGGACGUGUUCAUCCUCAUCGGUUUGGUGUACAUCUUUGGGAACGAGAUCGCGUCCAUUGCCAGUAAUGGGAUGGCGCAUGUGGAGCUGUUCAACCCGCGGGACUUCCCGCUUUUGGUUGGCACCGCCGUAUUCUCUUUCGAAGGUAUCGGCCUAGUGAUCCCCAUCACCGAGUCGAUGCGCGAACCGCGCAAGUUCCCCGCCGUUCUCUCAGGAGUGAUGUUCUUCCUGAUGAUCCUCUUUGGCGGCGGUGGCGCUCUCGCCUACGCAGCCUACGGCAAGGACAUCCAAACAGUGGUGAUCAUCAACCUGCCCCAAGACCAGAAAUUCGUCCAAGUCGUCCAGUUCAUCUACGCGCUCGCCAUCCUCCUCUCCGCGCCACUGCAGCUCUUCCCCGCCCUAAGGAUUAUGGAGAACGCUAUAUUCACCCGGAGCGGGAAACAGGAUCCUUGGGUCAAGUGGAUGAAGAAUGGUUUCAGGCUGUGCAUCGUCCUACUGUGUACGAUGGUCUCCUGGGCAGGAGCAGCAGACUUGGACAAGUUCGUUUCCCUCAUCGGGUGCUUCGCUUGUGUGCCGCUCUGCUACGUGUACCCUGCGAUGCUCCACCUCAAGGCCGUGGCCCGUUCUCGAUGGGCAAGAGUCACGGACUGGAUGCUCAUCAUCUUUGGCUUAGCCGCAGCGGCGUACACGACCUCCCAGACUGUCCGGCUUAUGUUCCUCCCCAGCGGGGGUACCGACUUUGGUCACUGUUCGCCAGUCGAGCGUGUAUAAUCACCUGAAGGACUACCACCUAAGGCCCAUUCGGGUACUUUGGCUGUCCCGUUAGAAUAUUUAUCUGUGAUCCGUGGUUCGAUGUAAGGUUCCUGGAUCUUGUUCCCUCCUUGAUUAUCAUCUCCUACAUUCAUGUAUUCCAGACAUUUGGUUCUGUAUACCCUAAACUCUCUGCAAUACAAUGCAC